UACUUUGGCUGUUAAUAUUGCUUCUGCUACAAAGGAUACUGCUUUUGUUUUCAAUUGUCAGAUGGGUAGGGGCAGGACAACCACUGGUACUGUCAUAGCUUGCCUUGUGAAACUUCGAAUUGAUUAUGGUAGGCCCAUUAAAAUACUGGGUGAUGUGACCCGUGAAGAAUCAGAUGGUGGUUUUUCAAGUGGAGAUGAAGCCACGGGUUAUGUCACUGUGUUAACCUCCAAUACUUCGCAAAUUGAGACAGAUGAGAAACAAAAUCGUGUUUUUGGUAUAAACGACAUCCUCUUGUUAUGGAAGAUAACGACAUUAUUUGAUAAUGGUGUUGAAUGCCGAGAGGCCUUAGAUGCUAUUAUUGAUAGAUGUUCUGCACUUCAAAACAUUCGUCAAGCAGUCCUGCAAUAUAGAAAAGUAUUCAAUCAACAGCAUGUUGAGCCUAGGGUUAGGAGGGUGGCAUUAAACCGUGGUGCUGAAUACUUGGAGCGGUACUUCCGUCUAAUUGCUUUUGCAGCAUAUCUUGGAAGCGAAGCAUUUGAUGGGUUUUGUGGACAAGGAGAAUCCAAAAUGACAUUUAAGGUUUGGUUGCAUCAGAGGCCAGAGGUGCAGGCUAUGAAACGGAGCAUCAGAUUAAGACCAGGGCGAUUUUUUACUAUCCCUGAAGAGUUGAGAGAGCCACAAGAGUCUCAGCAUGGAGAUGCAGUGAUGGAGGCUAUUGUCAAGGCCAGAAACGGUUCUGUUUUGGGGAAAGGCUCCAUACUGAAAAUGUAUUUCUUUCCUGGUCAGAGAACUUCCAGUCACAUACAAAUACAUGGUGCACCUCAUGUUUACAAGGUUGAUGAAUACCCUGUGUAUUGUAUGGCAACUCCUACCAUCUCUGGUGCUAAGGAGAUGCUAUCCUAUUUGGAUGCUAAGCCUAAACCUGCCUUCACUGCUCAAAAAGUUAUAUUGACUGAUUUGAGAGAGGAAGCAAUUGCCCUUCAAUCACCAAUCCUUGCAGGACCAGAAGCCGACCCAAAAAAUGUUGCAUCGAUCAUAUUAGGUGGUGGAGCUGGAACUCGUUUAUUCCCCCUUACUCAAAGAAGGGCUAAACCUGCUGUUCCAAUUGGAGGAUGUUAUAGACUGGUGGACAUACCAAUGAGUAAUUGUAUUAACAGUGGAAUUAAUAAAAUUUACGUCCUUACACAAUUUAAUUCUCAGUCUCUCAACCGCCACAUUGCUCGAGCAUAUAAUUUUGGAAAUGGCAUCAACUUUGGGGGUGGUUUUGUUGAGGUAUUGGCAGCAGCUCAAACACCUGGUGAAUCAGGAAAGAAAUGGUUUCAGGGUACUGCCGAUGCUGUAAGACAAUUUCUUUGGUUGUUUGAGGAUGCUGAGCAUAAAAACAUAGAGAACAUUCUGAUAUUGUGUGGUGAUCAACUCUAUCGAAUGGAUUACAUGGAACUAGUGCAGAAGCACAUUAAUUCAUGUGCUGAUAUAUCGGUAUCUUGUCUCCCUGUGGAUGGCAGUCGAGCCUCUGAUUUUGGAUUAGUGAAGGUUGAUGAAAGUGGGCAGAUACGCCAGUUCCUGGAAAAACCCAAGGGCGAAUUGUUAAGAUCUAUGCAUGUAGAUACGAGUGUUUUUGGGCUAUCAGCUCAAGAGGCAAGGAAAUUUCCAUAUAUUGCAUCAAUGGGUAUAUACGUUUUUAAAAUAGACGUUCUGCUAAAACUUCUCAGGGACUGUUAUCCUAAUGCAAAUGAUUUUGGAUCCGAGGUCAUUCCAAUGGCUGCAAAAGAUUUUAACGUCCAGGCAUGUCUUUUCAGUGGUUAUUGGGAAGAUAUUGGGACUAUAAAAUCUUUCUUUGAUGCGAACUUGGCUCUUACGGAUAAGCCGCCAAAGUUUCAGAUGUAUGACCAAUCAAAGCCUUUAUUUACAUGUCCUCGGUUCCUACCACCAACUAAAAUGGAGGAGUGCCAGGUUAUUAAUUCUUUGAUUUCAGAUGGUUGCUUUUUAAGAAAGUGCAUAGUUGAACAUUCCAUUGUGGGAAUUCGCUCCCGACUUGAUUCUGGAGUGCACCUAAAGGAUACCAUGAUGAUGGGUGCUGACUAUUACCAAACAGAGCCUGAAAUAGCAGCUCUUUUAGCAGCGGGAAAUGUUCCAAUAGGCAUUGGGAAAGAUACCAAAAUUGUGAAUUGUAUAAUUGACAAAAACGCAAGAAUUGGAAACAAUGUAAUCAUUGCAAACAAAGAAAAUGUGCAGGAGGCGGACAGACCCUCCGAGGGGUUUUAUAUUCGAUCAGGAAUCACGGUGGUGUUAAAAGACUCUGUAAUAAGCAAUGGUACAAUCAUUUAA